GUCUCCCUGCAGAUCUCUGAUUGUCAGGUGACGACCAGACACUCGCUCACGUAUUGAUCUUCUCGUCUGAGGCUGAGAAGGGAUUUUUAGGUUUCCAGUACCUUGUUCCUUCUAGUGGGAAACUUCUUGUGUAUUUCUCUCCAUAGAAAUAUAAAAAUGCAUCGAAAAGCUGUGAUCUUCGCCCUGUCAUUCUUGACAAUUUCAGCGUACCCACUGCACCGUGACACCAGGGAAGCAACCUGGACUGAUUCCAAAGCAAACCAGGCUCAUGACAAGACAGACCUCACAAAGGAUGUGAAUAAUCUCUACAAAAGUCACCUGGACAGCAGCAGCCUUUACAACAAAGAGGAUGACCACAACACAAACCCUGUGGUAGAAGAGAUGCAGCGCAAACUCAUCAUGGAGUCAGAGCGUCUGCGUACCCGUCUGCGCCAAGAGCUGGCCGAGCUGCAGGAGAGGUUGUCCUCAUCUCCAGCCCACCUCAGCUCCACCCUGGCCAGCCUCAGGGAGCUCUUGGCUCCCCUCACCCAGCAGCUUCAGAGCUCCCUCAGUAGCAACACCCAAGAACUGUGCGGCCAGCUGAGCCUCUACCUGCAGGACCUGGAUACAGCAGAUGCCCGGGCAGAGGCCCAGGCAGAGACCGGCAGUGCGGCUCGCCACCAGGAAACCUUCCACUGGAUGACACAAGUCCUGGACGGCAGCAGUUCCAAGCUGGCCAACGUCAUCACUGACUUCCAUAGUAAAACUGCCGGGGUGAUUGAACGUUUCACAGAGAUCAGUGCUAACGAGGAGGACGCAGCCAGGUCAGAUGUCUGGCAGGUGAUGAGCUCCAGGUUGGGACAGGAAGUGAGUUCACUGAGGGGGGAGACACAGAACAUGGUGGGGGCUCUGAAAGAAGGGCUCGCUGCUCUGCUGGAAACCUCAGUACCUUCUGAAGCUAAAGUGACAGCGAGUGUGGAGUGGUUCUGCCAGAAGGCUGCCUCACUGGGCCAAGUGUUUCAGAUCCGGAUGGAGAAGUUGUUUCAGGAGCUGGAGGAGCAGAGAGCCUCCAGCCUGUCUCCCUCCUCUUCCUCCUCUUCGUCCACGCAGCCUGCUGGCUCUCUGCAGGAGGACUUUUCCGUUAAACUCUCAGCUCUGAUCCAAGACAUUCUGCACUCAGUGUAGAGACAGACCCCUGAGUAUUAUUAUUUAAAUAUUACUUAAAAUGGUCCAUUUAAAAUGAAUCUUGUACAUGAUAUGUUUUUUGUUUGCCACUGUAACAGCCAAGUAAGUAGCAUGUAAAUAUUUUUGAAUGUAUGGAUGUGAUUGAUGUAUAUGUUUCAUUCUGUAUGUGAAGGAGUGUGUCAAUAUGUGUUUACUGUACCAUGUGAUAAGAUGCUGCCUGUGGAGAGUAAAGUUAUUGCUGAUACAAA